AUGGCCAUAGCGGACCAGAGAUCACCCAACGAUAGUACUCACAACAACAACAAUAAUAAAGUGUGGGGAUUCCUUAAGCUGCCGUUUUUAGGAGGAAACAACACUAAUACGACACCCUCUUCUUCCACUUCUACCACUACUUCAACGAUGAUGAUGCAGCAGAAUCACCACCACCACCAUAAUCACCAACACAACUCGCAAAUUGAAGGAUCUAAUCCUCCUCAGCCUUCCAAUUCUGUUUCUUCUGUUGCUAGAUCGCUUUUGCCUACACGUCGUCGUCUUAAACUCGAUCCAUCUUCUAAGCUUUACUUUCCUUAUGAACCUGGCAAGCAGGUCCGGAGUGCCAUCAGGAUUAAAAACACUAGCAAGUCGCAUGUAGCUUUUAAGUUUCAAACUACUGCACCGAAAAGCUGUUUCAUGCGUCCUCCUGGGGCUAUUCUUGCACCUGGGGAAAGUAUCAUAGCUACAGUCUUCAAGUUUGUUGAGCACCCAGAAAACAAUGAGAAACCAAUGGAACAGAAGAGCAGGGUUAAAUUCAAAAUCAUGAGCCUGAAGGUGAAAGGGGUCAUGGACUAUGUACCUGAGCUGUUUGAUGAGCAGAAAGAUCAGGUAGCAAUAGAGCAAAUAUUACGGGUUGUUUUUCUAGAUCCAGAGCGUCCUACUACUGCUUUGGAAAAGUUGAAGCGCCAAUUGGCUGAUGCUGAUGCAGCUGUUGAGGCACGCAAGAAACCUCCUGAAGAUGCAGGUCCAAGGAUUAUCGGUGAAGGACUGGUGAUAGAUGAAUGGAAAGAGCGAAGAGAAAGAUACCUUGCUCGGCAGCAGGUUGAAGGAGUAGACUCUGUAUAG